AUGCCCCAAGUCGCUGGCAAAGAAGUAGGCCCUAUUGGCUUUGGCCUCAUGGGAUUGACCUGGCGAACCAACCCAUGCUCCCAGGAGCAAGCCUUUGAGACAAUGCGCACAGCACUCAAGAAUGGAUGUAACCUUUGGAACGGCGGCGAGUUCUAUGGGGCGCCCGACUAUAACAGUUUAGUCCUCCUAGAAAGAUACUUCGAAAAGUACCCUGAAGAUGCCGACAAGGUAGUCAUCUGUAUUAAGGGUGGUGUGAGUCCUACAACUCACCAGACAGAUGGCUCACCCGAGAAUACGCGCCGCUCUAUCAACGACAGCAUAGCCCAGCUCAAGGGACGCAAGAAGAUGGAACUAUUCGAGUUUGGUCGCCGAGAUCAGAAGGUACCGAUGGAAGUCACUUUUGAUGUUGUAAAUAAGGAGUUCGUCCAGACAGGCAAGAUCGGAGGCAUCUCUCUGUCAGAAGUGCCGAGCCGAGACGAUCACGAAGCCGUCAAGCACGUUAAAGUCCACUCCGUAGAAGUGGAACUCUCGCUGUUCUCAACCGACAUACUGGAGAAUGGUGUAGCAGCCGCUUGUGCCCAGCACGGGAUCCCGAUAAUCGCAUACUCGCCGAUCGGUAGGGGCAUGUUGACGGGUCAGAUCAAUAAAAUUGAAGACAUCCCGGAAGAUUCAAUGCUGCGCCUCUUCCCUCGGUUCCAGCCAGGGAACUUUGAGAUCAACCUGGAGCUGGUCCGCCAGGUCGAGGAGCUGGCCAAGAAGAAAGGAUGCACACCAGCCCAGCUCGCCAUAAACUGGACCUUGGCGAUAUCGAAGCGCCCCGGGAUGCCGACUAUUAUCCCGAUUCCCGGUGCUACGACGGCGGCGCGGGUGGAGGAAAAUAGCAAGCUUGUAGACAUCACAGAUGAAGAGAUGGCCGAGAUCGACGCUACCUUGUCCAAGUUCAAGACAGCUGGUGAACGUUACCCCGAUGCCAUUCCUACGAACACUUAA